UGCUCUUAGUGAUAUUCGUACAAUCGUUUGAAUUUCCGCGCACAAUGAAUGUUAAGAGAUAAACGUUGUUUAAACGUGUGGUUGUUAAAAUUAAAUUUGAUAUUUCGCCGUCGGAGAACAAGUGUAAAUUAUAAUACACAACAAAUAAAACAAGUGGAUGUUUUUGUUGUCAAUAAAAUGCAUUUUCAAUCGAAAUAAGUAAAACCGUGUGGUAUUAAUGUUCAGUUUUUUAUUAUUGAAUUAUGCCAAGACCUCCGAGGGAAUCAUAUGGCGAUCAAAAGCCCCCGUAUUCAUAUAUAUCCUUAACGGCUAUGGCUAUUUGGAAUUCACCCGAAAAAAUGUUACCUCUGAGUGAUAUUUAUAAAUUUAUAAUUGAUCGUUUUCCAUAUUAUCGGAAAAACACACAACGCUGGCAAAAUUCCUUACGGCAUAACCUCAGUUUUAAUGAUUGCUUUAUAAAGGUUCCUCGAAGACCAGAACGGCCAGGCAAAGGUGCUUACUGGGCUCUUCACCCACAAGCAAUUGAUAUGUUUGAAAAUGGUAGCUUACUACGGCGUCGGAAACGCUUCAAACUACACAAGCACGAUAAGGAUUAUUUGAAAGAAGAACUAGCUACAUGGGCAAAUCUUAAUCGUUUCUUUUUUACUCCACAAAAUACGUCAACAUCAGCAGAAUUACCAUUAGUUAAUGACUCUUCCCUAUAUUUAACUAAUGUAGCAAAUAUAGCUAAAUUAACUCAAUGUUCUGUUGGAAACACGCAGUCUAUCACAAAUUUUGCAUCUACUGCUAUAUCAUUAGGAUAUCCACAAGUAACAAUGUCAACAAAUAGUGAUACAACAUUCUCGAAUAUAUUACAUAGUUCCCAAGUAAUAUCACCAAUCAUGGAUGGAUCAACCAUUAUUAACAAAUCUCGACAAAAACGUUCUUUUACUAUUGAAAGUCUAAUAACACCCGAUAAACUUGAUUCAAAGUCUAUAAAAGGCAUUAACAGUUACGAUAAAUCUAUUACCGAAAGACUGGAAACAGAAACACUAAAACAGAAUAGUGCCACCUUACACAGUUCCAUAUUCAGUGCUGAAAUGAAUCAUCAACCCCUUCCUCCGCUGCACACGAUUACUGGAAGUACCCACAUGCCCCUUCUGCAUUAUAAUAGGUCAGAAGCUAAUUGUAUCAAUUUGGAUCCUUGCUUUAAUUCUACAACAGUUUACGAUAUUCCGCUGCAUCCAAUAUUAAUGAUGAAAUCUCCGCUUGGAAAUUUACAACCGUUAUAUUUUGCAAAUGUUGAUAUACCAACAAACCAACACACAUCAUCUAAUUCACGACAGAGUUCCAGCCUGCGAACUGCAUGACAUCAUUAGUUAUAAUCGUCUAUAGUUGAAAUAAACUGGAGUCAUCUUCUUUAGUUCCUAAUGGCUGUUAUUCACAUAUGUAAUGUAUUAUUUUUAAAAUAAUUUUUAAUAUAUUUCACUCUGUAUAUAAUAUUUAAUACUAAAAAACCAAUCAUUAAAAAAAACAUGAUUUUAAGAAACAAAUACUCACCAAUUAAAAUUUAAUAAAAACAUUUCUAGUCUACAAACAUUUUAGUUAUGUGAGUAUAUUAAAAAUUGUAAUGUUUCUAAUGUUUAUGAUACGAAAUUCGAAUAUAUUAAUUAAUCACAUUUUUGAAAUAGCAAAACAAUUUCUGACUAAAAUACUGAUAAUUUAGCCGACGGCAAAUCAAAAUAUCAACAUUAACAGGCGUAAUUAAAAACUACAGUAUUAUUUUAUGAAGAUUAGCAAAUAUGUUAACUAUUGUAUAUCUUAGAGUUUUAUUGCGGAUUUUGAAAAUAGUAGGCACCUUUAACCGGUUGUUUAAUUCUUCAAUAUUGUAAAAUCUCAGAUAAAAAUUGACUAAAAUUAUAUACAACACGCAUAUAUUCUCAUAAAUUCAGAUAAUAAAUACUAUUAAUUUAAUUGCUAAUUAAAUGUUUGCAACACUUUUUAAACCAGAAUAAGAAGACUACGUUUCAUUAAGAACUGAAUUUUAAAACUGUAAUUAAAAUUACAUCCUUUUUAAAAGUACAUAUUUUAUAUAAGUGUAUAUUUCUGCUGGUGCUGUUUCACUAAAUUUUUUAAGGUUCGUAGGUUACCUACCAUUAAGUUAACUUUGUCCUUAUUAUUUAUUUAUUUUUGAUUAGUCCAACUAAUUGGGUGGACUUAAUAUGAAUAUCAAGCUUUUUAAGGAUCCGGGAAUUUGUACUUUCUUAAAUUUUUUAUUUAUAAUUUCAAAAAAUAUUAGCACAUAUAUAUUUAGGAGAAAAAUAUUACCAUUUAUAAAUUCCUCUAAAACAAGAUAAUUGCUAUCAAUUACUUGUUUACUUAAUAUUGAAGCGAAUAAAAUUAUUAUUGGUCAUACUAACGCAGUAUGAAAACUUGAAGCAAUGAACUCCAUCAUUUUCUGAAGUUUCUCCCUAGCAAAAAUCCUCCCUUAUUGCAAGUUCAAAAUUAUGUAGACUCAUAAUUUUUUAAAAUCUUUUACAGAAUA